CGCAGCCCGAAAGUGCGGCCUUGUCGGUGGCGAGCGAGAGAAGACCACGUCCCGGCCUGGUGCCUGAGGAGGAGCCGGAGGGAAUAGACUGGGAGGCGGGGGAACACGAGGAGAUGACUCCGUCAGCCUCGGCCAGCGCUCCCAGCGGUACCGGGGCAGUGGAGGUGUGCCAAGUGAUCUGAGGUGCAGAUGGCGGCAGCAGAGGCGGUGCACCACAUACACCUGCAGAAUUUCUCCCGCUCGCUGCUCGAGACCCUCAACGGGCAGCGGUUGGGCGGUCACUUCUGCGACGUGACUGUGAGGAUCCGUGAGGCUUCACUGCGUGCACACCGCUGUGUGUUGGCUGCUGGCUCGCCUUUCUUCCAGGACAAGCUGCUUCUCGGCCACUCCGAGAUCCGCGUGCCACCGGUGGUGCCGGCGCAGACAGUGCGCCAGCUUGUCGAGUUCCUCUACAGCGGCUCACUUGUGGUGGCACAGGGCGAAGCACUGCAGGUGCUCACGGCCGCGUCGGUGCUGCGCAUCCAGACGGUCAUAGACGAGUGCACACAGAUCAUUGCCCGCGCCCGUGCCCCGGUCCCGGGGGCGCCUGCACCCCUGCCCACGCCCGUGCCCCCACCUCUUGCACCUGCGCAGCUACGACAUCGCCUGCGCCACCUGCUUGCCGCGCGCCCUCCAGGCCACACCGGUGCCGCGCAUAGCCGCAAGCAGCGCCAGCCGGCACGCCUGCAGCUGCCGGCGCCCACUGCGCCCACCAAGACAGAGGGGUCAGAUGUCGACCCCUCCCUACCGGCACCCCCAGAUGAUGGCGGUGAUGGCGACGAGGAGACCGAUGAUGAAACCGACGGCGAGGACGGCGAAGGCGGCGGCCCGGGAGAGGGCCAGGCACCCCCUGCCUUCCCCGACUGCGCCGCCGCCGGCUUCCUCACCGCUGCCCCUGCCAGCGCCUGCGAGGAGCCGCCUGCACCUGCCGGCCUCUCUGACUACGGCGGCGGCCCUGGGAGGGAUUUCCUUAGGGGGGCUUCGGCGGCGGAAGACGUAUUCCCGGAGAGCUACGUCCCCGCUUGGCAAGAUGAGGAUGGCACUGCCGCGGAAGCCUGUGCCACAGAGAACCCGGCUCCUCCUGACUGUGUCCUCUCUGGAUCCCGUGCCCCGGGCGUGAAGACCCCGGGGCCCCCAGUCUCGCUUUUCCCAUUUCAUCUGGGUGCUCCUGGGCCGCCUGCGCAACCUCCUCCCGCGCCCUCGGGGCCUGCUCCUGCCCUCCCCUCAGCCUUCUACCCGGCACUCCAGCCCGAUGCGGCCCCCAGCGCACCUCCCGGGGAGGCUCCAGCCCCUCCCGCUGCUCCCGCUACGACCCCCUCGGCCACCCCUGCCCGACCCCCAGGUACGGCCGAGCCGCCUGCCUAUGAGUGCAGUCACUGCCGCAAGACGUUCAGCUCGCGGAAAAACUACACCAAGCACAUGUUCAUCCACUCUGGGGAGAAGCCCCACCAAUGCGCCGUGUGCUGGCGAUCUUUCUCACUGCGCGACUACCUGUUGAAGCAUAUGGUCACGCACACAGGCGUGCGCGCCUUCCAGUGCGCUGUCUGCGCCAAGCGCUUCACGCAGAAGAGCUCUCUCAACGUGCACAUGCGCACGCACCGGCCUGAGCGUGCGCCCUGUCCCGCCUGCGGCAAAGUCUUCUCACACCGCGCGCUGCUCGAGCGCCACCUGGCCGCGCACCCUGCGCCUUGAUCCAGGUCUGGGCCUGGCUACACCCACCGCAGAAUUGACCACGCCCCCGCGCUGUAGGCCACCCUCUUCUGUGUUAGGGGACCUCCCAUGGAACUAGCCCACAACCACUGCGGGACCGGUAACAUCCCUGCCGAGCCGGCUCAUACCUGCCUAGACGCCUUGACCACAUUCCCAUCACCAAGCCCUGCUUUCCUCGAAGCGCAGGCCUUCCCUCUGCUUCCACUCUUUUCUUCAGACCUGACCAGGGGUCCAUCCCUUCAUACUCCUCUCCUUCCUCAUGGUUAGACCCUCCUGAUGGUGGCAGCCUGGGGCUAGGGUUGGUCAGGGACCCGACCACCCCUGAGAACUGGAUCAUCACCAACCUAAACUCAGACUGGCUGCUCAGACCCUUGGGCCAGGCCCAAGAUUUGUGGCUCUGACUCCUUGUGUGAGUGGGUGGAUUCUGUAGCUGCUCCUCUGCCCCAUGCCAAGCCGGGCAUGAUCCCUGGCUCCCCACCCUGAACUACCCCUCCCUCAAUCUGGCAUCUAGGGGGCUCAGGUGGGCCCAUCAUGGACUGGGACAGGGCCUUGGGACUCCCACUCUCUAAUAAAGUACUGUGGGCCAUGGGUUCCAAACCCAGAA